AUGGCAAAGAGGACUGAGGCGGCCAUGCCAGCCAUGUUCCAGCUAGCUAUUCAUAUCACAAGCAAAGAAGAGACGAAAAAACGACGACGAAAGCAAGACGACGAAGAAGAAGAUGAAACGCCGAACGAGGACGCCAUCAUCGGCCUCCCGUCCAAUCGAUCUCGGCCAGGAUGGCAUGACGACCAACGGUCCCGAGACCUUCGAGAACUUCUCGGCUCUCCAGGGCCAAAACUGGAUACGAAACGAACGAACGAACCUAUAAGACCGGAAACCCUGCCAGCCCGGACGGAUGAGCCAGGGAGAAGCAGAUCGGGCAGCAGCCUGUCGCAUGGUCAGCGAGGUCUAUCGCAGGCCAGUCGCGUCGUCUUGACAUUGCCGCAGCCAUCGGGCAGACACAGGGCUGUGCAGGGCUUCCUCGUCCUCAGCUGGCCAGUCGAACCCGUCCGAACGAACGAACGGCAGCAAAAGGUCAGCAGAGAAGGCCUAGAAGCAGAUGAAACGGAAGAACAGGAACUCGUCAGGAUCAGCCAUGUUCCUCUUUUUCUUUUCUUUUUCUUCCUCUUCCCCUUGAACGGAGUUGCUGGGGUACUUUCUGCAUCCUGGUCGACAUGCAAGAGCGGUUACGGGCGCUGA